CACUGUAAACAAGUUUGUUCCACCGCACACCCUGACUUCUUCACGUUACAAAACUUGCAACUUGCCAAGAUAGGAUGGACGUCGAGCAGCUGCAUGCAAGGAGGCUCCUGUCGCACGCCGCCGCCGCGGCUGCCCCGACGCAUCGGCCGGCCGUGCAGGAGCAGGUGCAGGUGGCCGAAGCGCGCACGGGCGCCGCGUCGCCCUUCAGCUCGCUGAACGCGACGGUGAUCACGGUGCUGUCGAUGCUCCUGUGCGGGCUCGUGGUCGUGCUCGCGGUCCACGUGAUCGUGCGGUGCGCGUUCCGCGUCACGCGCCGCGUGUGCUACGGCCAGGAGGAGCCCCCCGGCGGCGGCGGCGCCGGGGCGUCGGGGGCGUCCCCCUCCUCCUCCUGCCAGGCCGACCCCAGGAGGAAGGGCGGCCGACCCCGCCGCGCCCUGCCACCGCCGGUGGUCUAUGCGCCCGAGGUCGAGCUCGCCGGGUGCGGCGCGGCGGAAUGCGCCAUCUGCCUGACCGAGUUCGCCAACGGCGACCGCGUGCGCGCGCUGCCGCACUGCAACCACGGGUUCCACGUCCGGUGCAUCGACCGCUGGCUCGCCGCGCGGCAGACGUGCCCCACCUGCAGGCGGGCGCCGUUCGCCGCUAAACCCUCCCUGCCGGAAAGGGCUGAGGCGCCGGAGGCUGUGCAGGUUCAGGUGCAAGUUGACGCCGGCGCCGGGCAGCGCGAGACUCAAUAGCGAGAAGCAAUGAAGAUUAACUGUACAGUGUUGGUGAACAGCGAACAUUUUUGGACGUGCUCUCAUCUGUGAUGCUGCGAUCAUGAUCUUUUUUGGUUUCUUUUUUAUUCUUUUCCUUUUUUUUUCUUAACGCUGUAGAAGUGGCCCGGUCCGAUAAUGGUAUGAAGUGGCACCUGCAGUUGCAAAUAUAUGGUGGCCGACGAAGCAACUGUUGCACAUAAGGCUUUUGUAAAAAAAAAGGAUUUCCAUGGCUCCUUUAGUCCUUUU